GGGAGGCCUCUGAUAAGGGGGGGAUUUAAGGCUGGCGGGCGCCUCGUGCCACCUGGCCGAGCCCCGAGCACGAUGCUGGCACUCCUCGUCCCCCUGCUGCUGCUGGCUGGUGGCUGCCACGCUGCCGUGCUGCCCGGUGGGUCACGGGUUGUGAAUGGGCAGGAUGCGGUGCCGUACAGCUGGCCGUGGCAGAUCUCACUGCAGUACGAGCGUGACGGCACCUUCCGGCACACCUGCGGGGGAACCCUCAUCGCACCCGACUGGGUGAUGACGGCCGCUCAUUGCAUCUCCUCCACGCUCACCUACGAGGUGGUGCUGGGUGAGUACGACAUGAGCUCCGCAGAAGGCCCCGAGCAGCGCAUCCCCGUCGCAGCCGAUGACAUCUUCGUGCACCCCAAGUGGAACAGCUUCUGCGUGGCCUGCGGCAAUGACAUCGCCCUGCUGAAGCUGCGGCGCAAUGCUGUGCUCAACGACUACGUGCAGACGGGGCGGCUGCCGCCCGCGGGCACCGUGCUGCCCAACGGCUACCCCUGCUAUCUGAGCGGCUGGGGGAGGCUGACCACGGGGGGACCAUUGCCAGACAAACUUCAGGACGCUCUGAUGCCUGUGGUAGACCACGAGCAGUGCACACAGCCCGACUGGUGGGGCAGCCUUGCCAUCCGCACCACGAUGAUCUGUGCCGGCGGCGCUGAGCAGGCCGGCUGUAACGGCGACUCGGGCGGCCCCCUGAACUGCCAGGCUGAGGAUGGGCACUGGGAGGUGCACGGCAUCGCCAGCUUUGUGUCUGCGCUGGGCUGCGACACUCCAAAGAAGCCCACUGUCUUCACACGUGUCUCUGCGUUUGAGGACUGGAUUGCUGAGACCAUGGCGAACAGCAGCUGAGCGGGGCAGCAGCGACCUCCGUGCGUCACAGCGCGCAAAUAAACCCACAGAGCUGAC